AUGGAAAAACAGUUAUUAAGUGAACAAACAAAUGAUUAUGAAGAGAAAUUAUUUAUUGUAAAUAGCAACUUAAUUAAUACCAAAAUGGUUAAAUCAAUAGCAAGACCAUAUCAAUGUGACAUUUGUGGCAAAGCAUUUACCAAAAAUAGUCAUUUGACAGAUCAUAGACGUACCCACACUGGUGAUAAACCAUUCCAUUGUGAAUUCUGUGCCAAGUCUUUCCCUGUGCAAAGCAGUUUAAUUAAGCAUAUAUUGGUUCAUACUGGAGAGAAGCAAUACCAUUGUGAAAUUUGUAGCAAAGCAUUCUCGCAAAACAGUAACUUGAAAAAGCAUAAACUUAUUCACUCUGGUGAAAAACCCUAUCAAUGUGGAAUUUGUGGAAAAUCAUUUGCUGUUGAAAAUUACUUAAUUCAACACAAAUAUAUUCAUACAAAAGAGAAACCAUAUCACUGUGGAAUUUGUGGGAAAUUAUUUUCUCGUAAGAAUUAUUUAUUGGUUCACAAGCGUGUUCACAAAGUAGUAAAACCGUUUCAGUGUCAAACUUGUGGAGAGAGCUUUUCUAAAGAAAAAGGUUUAAUUCAACAUGGAGUAAUACACACUGGUGGGAAACCAUUUGUGUGUGACAUUUGCGGAAAGGCAUUUUCUCAAAACAACUACCUGUUCAUUCAUAAACGAAUUCACCAGCCAGGGAAACCUUAUUGUUGUGAAUUUUGUGGAAAAGCCUUCACUGUCAAUAAAAAUCUAAUCCAGCAUAAAGUUGUUCAUAGUGAAAAUAAACCUUACCACUGUGAAAUUUGUGGAAAAAUAUUUUCCCGAAAGAAUGAGUUAACUGUUCACAAACGAGUUCACACUGGGGAAAAAACCAUACCAUUGUGA